UGAGCGCUGCACAAAAUUGCUUCCGUUAGUCACCGAGUCGUUUCGUUGACAUGCUUCCAACUCUGAUGUUUUUAUGCUUUCAAUCGCUUGUUUGCAUCAAUCAAACACCUUCGUCUCGUCUAGUGAAGUGGAACCACGACAGAAUCGUGCAGCGUGAUUUUAGUGUUCACAUGGAGCCACUGCCAGUUACAUAGAAAUACAGUGAACAGGCAGAUCGUCAUAUGCGUGUUUCACAUUUCUGAUUUUAAUCAUAUCUGCAUGCACAGGAGUGUAUACAGCACAUAACGUCUUCUCACUUAAAACAGGCGCCACCCUGCUCUGGGUUUAUGUCGUUUCUAGUCUCGUUAGAGUUCAUCGGAUGACAAUGAAAGUUCAGAAAGUCUCUUCUCGAUCCCAACAUGAGCAACGAAUCGCCACUAAACGUCACGGCAAGAAUAAGUGGCUCAAAAAAGUACGCAAUCUGGACUCGGCUCUCUCAAGUGCAAGUUCUGGCACUGCUAAAUUGGAGCAACAGAUAGCCAAAAGGGAGAAACCUAGGUUAAAACGGUUGAAGAAGUCGUAUGCAAAGCCUGUGACUUUGAUCCCUGAAAACAGUUAUACUGAGGAGGGAAAGGUGACUUUUGCUCAUGUCCACACAAACGGAGGCACAGAACUGGAGGGCAACAGCAAUUCCGAGGACUCCCAAGAAUGGAGCGCUUAUGCCAAGAGUGUUCUUCAGAACGGUGUGGAGAGUUCAACGCUACCUGACACAGAGCAGUUGGAAAAGGACGGUCUUCAAUACCAUUCCCAGCUUGACCAUGCUCAAAAUCGUGCUGUUUUAGUCUUGCAACAAGGCCAGGUCUUGUGUUUCCGUGGAAAGUGCCUGCUCACUUGCCUCUAUGGUCGUGUAGAGGUGGUUGGCUUCACUAUAGAGGAGGGCCAACAAUCUUACCCCCUUUUCUCACCACCCACACACUGCCCUCUCACCAUCACUGCCUUAGGAAACAACUCCCACUCCACCAAGAACAAGAAAGAGGGGCGACUGGAGGCGAAAGCCAUUGUUCGCAAAUACCUCUCUUCAGAGCCAUGUAAGAGGCUCAUCAGUGAGGUGGACUCGGAAUCCUGUGUGCUGCUCCUAGAACCCUUGGACACACCCCUUACUCGCUUUCUCAGCAGCUUCUCAGAACUCAGUGAGGUCUUUGGAGUCAACUCGAGGGAGCUGAGGUCUCAGGCUGCCAUCUAUAACCCUGCUCUGUCAGCCGUGGGUGUGACAGCUCUGUGUGGACCCUGUGCACAGGGUCUGGUGAUGUCAUGCAGCUACAGAGAGGCCCUAAGCAGCUUGCUCAAAGCCUGGGCAGGGGAGUUUGACAGCUGUCCCAUCAUCCUUGUAUGUGGUGGGAGAAACUCUGGCAAGUCCACCUUCAGUCGUCACCUUAUUAACAGCCUGCUCAAUCACACUGCAAGUGUUGAGUAUUUGGAGUGUGAUCUAGGCCAGACUGAGUUCACCCCUCCUGGUUGCCUUUCCUUAAGCACUGUUACAGAGCCACUAUUGGGGCCUCCUUUCACACACUUGCGUGACCCGGAGCACAUGGUGUACUAUGGUUUGACAGAUUGCCAGGCUGACAUAGAUCGGUAUUUGGAGUCCCUGAAAUCCCUCUGGCGCCAUUGCAGUGGAGAGAGUCCGGUCAUCAUCAACACUAUGGGCUGGGUCAAAGGCCAGGGCUUUCAGAUUCUUGUUGAUCUCAUCCGCCUUUUUUCCGUGACACACGUGGUUCAGCUGAGUUAUGGGGAUGUCCCACAGUGUCAACAUCUUACUCCAGACUUCCUCAGAACUGCCCACGGCUGGCAGACACACCCUCCAACACCACCCACCCUGACAGAGGAGUCCACCAGUCACCUCACUGUUCAAUCUCAUGUAUUUCUCAACAUCCUCUCAGAAUUCGAAGGUGCUGGGACAUCUGGAAAAAUGCGGCAUCAGCGUAGUAAUGAGCUACGAGACCUGGCUUUGCUCAGCUACUUCAGUCAGCUGCAGUCCACAGACCCGGGCCCCAUCCGCCCUCUCCACUGCUUCAUACCCUACCAGGUCCCACACUCAUCAUUGGCUAUAGGGGUAACACACUGUGAGGUCGCACCCAACCACAUUCUGUAUGCAGCCAAUGCCAGUCUAGUGGGAUUAUGCUGUCUGAGUGAAAAAGUCAUGGGCAGAGGAGGUCCUGUUGUGCUCUCCCAAACUCCCAUCUGUCAAUGUGUGGGCCUAGGUGUUCUGAGAGGGGUAGAUAUGGCACAAGGUCUGUACUUCCUGAUUACUCCCGUGUCUCCAUCUGUCCUGAGGCAUGUGAACUGUCUUCUGCUGGGAGAGAUCACUCUGCCUAAAUUACUGCUCACCAUGCAGCAUGGAGUUGAAGCAGAAUUGCCAUACGUCACCACAGACUACAGCUUUGAAGUCACAGGGGCAGGAAAGCUCCAGGUCUACAAAGGAUUAACAAGACCUGGUUUUUUAAAGUCAAAUAACUAAGCUUUUCUGUAUGGACUCUGCUUUCUGUGAAUUACAUUUGUAUCUUUGUAUUUGUUUUAUAUCCUGAGUAUUGACUUAAAAAAUUGCCAUUGAAUGUACAAAUCUACACCAGUAUCUUGGCUUUUGGAAUUGUAUACUAUGAGGAAAUAGGGUGAAUGGUAACAUGUUGUUUUCUAUAUCUCUUGGUGAAUGGCUCCAUGUUAAAGAUCUGUAUGGAUGACAACUGUUCCUCAUGUUAUGAUUUGCUGUACUGGUACAGUUUUUCAACAUGUUAAGAAUACGUUCAUUGUGAGUCCUUGUAAUUUUUCCAUAAGUCGCAUUCCCAAACCAAGAUAAUUUGGACUGUAAAAUAUUAAAAUGGGUUUCUUUUUUGUCAAGAAAAAUGACUUGAUCAUUGCUUGAAUUUUUUGUAUUAAAUAUUGCGUUAAAAAUGAAGUAAAUACACCAGCA